CUCACAAAGUUGGAGAGUUAAGACAAAGCAACAUAUGCUUCUCUUGUUAUCGCUUACAGAACUCAAGACAAACUGAACUGCCGUUCCCUCGAUUAUUCUCAGCUUUGACAACAUUGUACCAUCUUCUUCUAUAUUAUCAUUCCACCUCCAAAUCCCCAUCUUCCAAUUCAAUGAAGCACCACCAAUCUAACGCCGCACAAUCAUUCUCUCUUAAACUACCAAUUCUAUUUCUGUACACUAUUUUUAAGUGGAUCUCAUGAGCUCCAUAAAUCUUCCAAAUUCUGAGACCUUUCUGAUUUAACUUAUGGUGUGAUUAGAUGGAAUACAUAGAAAAUGGCAAGAAAAUUGGAGCUGGAUGUACAGAAGAUAAAAGAAAAUCAAAGGGCUGGCUUUGGUGGCUUCCAGUUUUAGUCUUUGCGGCUGUUGUUAUAACUAUGAGUGUUCUCACUAUAUUAAAAUUUGUUGAUCAGUUGAAGAGAUCUCCAAGUACACAUCGUCCCCAAAAAGUCAUUAAAAAAUAUGCCGAUGCUCUUGAAAUCGCCAUGCAAUUCUUCGACGUACAGAAGUCUGGGAAGUUGGUCAAUAAUAAGAUUGCAUGGAGAGGGGAUUCGGGUUUACAAGAUGGGAGUGAAGAGAAUUUGGAUCUAUCAAAAGGGUUAUAUGACGCUGGUGAUUUGAUCAAGUUUGGAUUUCCCAUGGCUUUCACUGCAACAAUGUUGUCAUGGGGGAUUCUUGAAUAUGGUCAUCAGAUGGAUGCACUAAAACAACUUGGUCAUGCGCAGGAUUCACUCAAAUGGAUCAAUGAUUAUCUCAUCAAUGCACAUCCAUCUCCAAAUGUGCUCUACAUCCAAGUUGGUGAUGCUAAAUCAGACCACGAUUGUUGGGAAAGACCUGAAACAAUGUCAGAAAUGAGACCUCUCACACAGGUUAAUGCAUCAUUCCCAGGGACAGAUGUUGCGGCUGAAACUGCUGCAGCAAUGGCAUCAGCCUCUCUAGUUUUCAAGAAGAUAAACUCCACUUAUUCUAAUCAGCUCCUUGUGCACGCGCAGCAACUUUUUAUGUUCGCUGAUACUUACAGAGGGUCUUACAGCAUCAGUGUGCCUCAAGUCCAGGAGUACUACAACUCAACAGGAUAUGGAGAUGAACUCUUAUGGGCGGCGAGUUGGCUCUAUUAUGCAACUGGAGAUAAUUCAUAUCUCAAUUAUGUAACUGAACUAAAUGGACAAGAAUUUGCUAACUGGGGAACUCCAACAUGGUUUUCUUGGGAUGAUAAGCUUCCUGGAGUACAGAUUUUGUUGUCGAGGAUAAUUUUAUUCGGUGUAAAAGAGGUCUCAGAGACAGAAAAUCUUGACCUUCAAAUGUACAGGGAAACUGCUGAGGCUAUUAUGUGUGGACUUCUGCCUGAUUCUCCUACUGCCACAUCCAGCAGAACUGACAGUAGUAUUCGUGGCCUAAUUUGGAUUGAACAAUAUAACAGUGUUCAGCAUGCUGUGGCUUCUGCAUUUCUUGCUGUUCUUUACAGCGAUUACAUGCUUACUUCAAGCACUGAAACUUUACAUUGCAGUGGAAAAUCCUACUUGCCUGAUGAUCUUCGCAAUUUCGCCAUUUCCCAGGUCGACUAUUUGUUGGGAAAAAAUCCAAUGAACAUGAGUUAUCUCGUUGGAGUCGGAAGAAACUACCCUUUAUAUGUACAUCACAGAGGAUCCUCCAUCCCAGCUUAUGCUGAUCCUGGAUGUAAAGAUGGGUUCAGGUGGCUUAACUCUAAAAAUCCUAAUCCAAAUGUAGCUAUUGGAGCAUUAGUCGGCGGUCCCUUCCUAAAUGAAUCAUACAUAGAUGAUCGAAACAACUCGAUGCAAGGUGAACCAACCACUUAUAAUAGCGCUCUUCUUGUUGGCCUUCUCUCGGGCCUAGUUACUACCUCUUCAGUGGUCAAAUCCUUCUAAAUCAUCCUUAUAGUUUAGUACCUCCGUUCUAGAAUAGAGAAGUAGUACAGUGAAAUAGAGUAUUCUAAUACCAAAUCUGAAAAAAAACUGCUUGGGGUACUAUAAUAUACUUUGGUCAUGGCCUCCUUUCUGGCUACUUUAUGAGAUUUUUAAAAAAAAAAAAAAAAGUGAACAUGAUUAAUUGAAAUGGAGAAGAGAACUCACUCCCUAUAAACAUCACAUGUACUAGAGCAUGCAGUAUAGAAGUUUUCGCCUUGAUGGCUAGGAGCAUACAUUUUGCUUUAUGCCCAUGCUCCUGGACUCUGCUAUUUCAUAUUUUCUUUCUUGUAAGUUAUUUCAUCUUUUGUUGACGCUAUGUUUUCAUUUUAGGUAAAAAUGUAUGAUUAAUGGGAAUUACUUGACCA